AUGAAAAUACCGUUUUUUAUUUUACAUAUUUUAUUAUUACAAUUUUUAUUAUGUUUAAUACGUUGUUAUGUGCACAAUGAUGUAAUAAAAUUUGGAGAAGAAAAUUCGUUAAAAUGUUCACAAGGAAACCUGUAUGUGUUACAUUGUGAAGUUCAAUGUUUGAAUGGGAAUAACGAGAUAAUACAUAAAAGAUGUAAUGACGACAUAGAAAAGAAAUGUAAUGGUAAUAAUAAAUGCAUAUAUUUUUUUGAAUAUGAACUUCGAAAAAAAACACAAUCCUUUCGAAAUAAGAAUAGUAUAGAAAUAAGUGAAUGUGUAGAAUCGGAACAGAACGAAGUAAAAACAUCUACGACUUGUUUAUUAAGUAAUAGUUUUAUUUUAGAUGAAGCAUUUAUUCAAUAUUUCUUUUUUAUUAAGAAUAAGAAUGAGGAACCUGUUAUUUGUAAAGAUGGUAAUAUAAAUAUUAAAAGUGCACUUUUACAUUCUCCCUUUUGUGAAAUAAAAUUAAAAGAUAUAUCAGAAUAUAUUAGAAAAAAAUGUGAUAAUAAUAAAGAAUGUUUAAUAGAUCCAUUAGAUGUACAGAAAAAUUUAUUAAAUGAAGAAGAUCCAUGUUAUAUUAAUAAUUCGUAUGUGUCUGUUAAUGUUGUAUGUAAUAAAGAAGAAGAAAUUGGAGAUGAAAGUACAGAUUCUAGUUCAAUGGAAAUUCAGGAUUCUACAUCUAAUGAACAAGAUGAAAAUGUUAAAGGAAUGAGUUCAUCACAAGAAAUGAAUUCUAAUAACGACGAAAAUAAAAAUCAAGAUAAUGAAAGUGAUGAUGAUGUUAAUAAUAAUAAUAAUAAUAAUAAUGAUGAUCAAGAUGAACAAGGUAAUGAUGGUGAUGUUACCUCUUCUAUGAAUAAAAAUGAAGAUAACAAAGAUUUAGAACAUGGCUCUUCAAAUGAUGUUAAUAAUAAUACAGACACUCUUGUUAAUAAUAAAGAAAAUAAAGAAUUUGUAUUAAAAGAAAAAUCAAGUUUAACAUCUAAAAUUAAUAAAGAAUUAGCACAUAGAACCGCUCUUUUUAAUAAAUUAGCUGAUAAUAUAUCCUUAUUAUUGAAUAAAAAAUAUGAUUCCUUCGAAAUUAAAGAUGUAUUAGAAGAUAGAUAUAAUGAAAUGAAACGUGAUGCAAAUCCAGAUGUAUAUUACAUUUAUUUAAUGGAUACAUUAGAUAUAGAAAAAAUAGAAGAUAUAAAUUUAGAAGAAGUUAAAAUGUCAUUAUUAGCUUCCUUAAAAGAAACAAUGAAUAAAAUAGAUACUAUAGAAAAGAAAAUUGAAGAAUUCAAAAAUAAAUAUAUUUCAUUAUAUAAUAAAGUAAAAACUACCAUGCCAGAACUUUUCGAUUUAAAUGAAGAUUUAGUAUUAUUAUAUAAUGAUUUCCCUUUCGAUAACGGUAUGAUAUCAUCUGAUAUAUUCUUUAAAUAUAAUCCAAGUGAAAAUAUUAUGGAUCAUCAGGAAAUGGUAAAAAAGGGUUCUAUAACGGAAGACGAAUUAAGAAUUGUUAAUGACCUUGAACCAUUAGAUAAUUAUAGAAGAAGAAAAAGAAUUACAGAAUUAAGAAAAAUUCUUGUUGAAAAAUUAAGAAUCUUAUAUUUAGAAAAGAAUAACUUAUUUAAUACACAAGCUAGUUGUAUCAAAUCGUAUUGUUACAAGAACCCAUUGAAUCUAAAAACACUAGAAGUAUUAUUAAAGAAAAAUUAUUAUAGAUUAAAAGAAAAUAAAGAUUAUGAUGUUGUAUCAAGUAUUAUACAACAUCUUGAUAAUGUCGAUGCAAACAAGAAAAAAAAAUGGCUUACACAUGAAAGAAUACUUAAAAAAUUACAAGUACUUAUAGCUGAAGGAUAUAAAAGAAUAAACGAAAAAGAAAAAGAUAUCGAUAGAAGAAUGGCUGUAUAUAAUGCCCUAUAUGAAAAAGCACAAUCUUAUAAUUUACAAAAAUUAUUUAAUGAUAGUAAUGAUUUCUUAAAGAAAUAUGCAAUAAUGGGUAAUUCUUUUGAUGAUGGAGAUGAAGUAUUCGGAAGCCAAUCAUCCAACUUUAAUAUUUUUGAUAGUAAUAACACUGAUCAAAAUAAUGAACAAGAACAACCAAAACAAGACGAUCAAUUACUAAAUAAUAAUAAUGAUGAUGUCCUAUCAGAAUCCAAUAACGAAAAUAAAGAGAAAACAAGCGACGAUGCAACUCACAAAGAGACACAAGAAAAAUCAGAUCAAGAACCUUCACAAAAUAUUCAAGAAGAUAAUAGUGAUGAAAAACAUGCAGAAAAUGAGGAAAAUGUAGAACAAAUUGAAACAGACAGUAACGUUUCUGAAGAAGCUAAUGACGAAAAUAAAGACAAUAUGCAAACAACAACUGAUGAAGGAACUGAAGAAUUACAACAAAAUGAUGAAGAUGCUGAAUCUCUAACAAAGGAAAAUUCAAAAUCGGAAGAACAAGAAAAUGAAGAUUCAACAGAUGCUGAAGCUAUUGACAAAGAAGAAGUAGAAACAGAAGAAAAAGGAAAAGAUGAACAAAAAAAAGACGAACAAAAAGAACAAGAUGAAGAAGAAGAUGGCGAAAAAGAAAAUAAACAUAAAUCAAGUGAAACAACCAACGAAACAGUAACUGACAUUGAAGAAAAUAAAAAUGAAGUAAAAGGUGAAGAACACCUACAAGGAUCAGAACAAUCAAUAGAAGCAUCUGAAUCAUCUCAAAAAGAUGAAACUAAAGAAACAGAAGAUAAAGAAGAAUAUGUAAAUGCAAAUGAUGAUGAAUCUAGUGAAGAAGAUACGACUCCAAAUGAAACAAACAAAACUGAUAAUGGCAGUUCAUUUUUCUUUGCUAUGAGUAAUGCACUCUUAGUAAUUUUACUUUUAUUAUUUAUAGAAUUCCUAUAA